CAACAAUCAAAAACAACGAUCAUAUUAAUUCCGUAUGAUAUUCACUCAUUGAUCCAGAUGCCAAAGUCGACAAGUUAUAGUUCACAUAACCCAUACACGAAAGAAAGAAGAACAGAACAGUAAUUUAACCGAUACCGAUCAUAAUAUUAAAUCUUCUUCACUGCAGAGAUUUACGUUCCAACAGGAAAAGGGCGCAGGUCCUUGCAUUAUUCUGUGGGGGUCCAGCGAGGAAGACGUCUCCAAUACGUUGGCAAACUCAAACCACCCUCAUAGUAUCGCGAUGUGCUGAAAAUAUCGAACUGCGUGAUUUCGCGAGUGUAAAGUUAGGAAAUCAAUACCAUCAUGUCAGCGACAAGUACACCGAGAAAAAAACCUGCUUUUCCUGGGUCACUUACAGAUCUUCACAGAUUCAGAAAAACUGUUCAUGGUCAUAAUGGGUCCAGCCGGAUAGUGAUGGUGAGGAAAACAGACCAAAGAACAUUCGCAUCUUUAAAAAACGGACAGGAUCCAAAAAUCGAGACAAUCACACGAGAGACAAUCGAGACUUUCAGAGGUCCAAGAACGGCAUGCAAAGUCACCACAGAGAAAAAAGACUGCGAAGAAGAAGUUCCCCCCGAUAUAUUCGAAAGUUUAAUCAUGAAGAGCAGAAGCUGCAGUAGACUGGACAGCAAACCGACUCCGACCAAGUCGAGAUAUUCCCUUAUGGAUACAUUCGCUAAAGAAUGCCUUCAGGCACAUAACGAAUUCCGGAAGAAGCACGGAGUCCCCCCUCUGAAACUCAGCAAGGAAAUCUGCCGCGACAGUCAGAAAUGGGCAGAUCAUCUGAUCAAAGCAGGAGGUUUAGCGCAUAGUAACAACGACAAAUAUGGGGAGAAUAUAUUCUGCAUGCAGUCAAGCAAUCCUAGCUUCACGGUGAAGGGAAAUGAACCUGUAGAGAGCUGGUACAAGGAAAUGGAUAAACAUCCCUUUGGCGAGGAGCCGAAGAAUUUGGAGUCCGGACAUUUCAGUCAAGUUGUUUGGAGGGAUUCCAAGGAGUUGGGGGUGGGAUAUGCGAAGUCUGGGGGUAAGGUGAUUGUCGUCGCGAAUUAUUAUCCACCAGGAAACUAUGUGGGGAGGUAUGUGGAGAAUGUGCCACCACUUGGAAGCACUCCCUCUGAAGUUAGAGAACUAGCUAGAGAUAUACAUAAGAUAUCCAUCAGAGGCGCUGAUGAUUCCCUGAACGUUGGCACAUUCGAAGGUGAUUUUCUUGAUGCGCACAACAAAUACAGAGCCUUACAUGGGGUUGGACCUUUAGAGUUGGAUAGAAAAUUGAGCAAAUAUGCUGAAGAAUGGGCAAGACACUUGGCUUUCAAAAAUGUUUUAGAAACACGCCCUAAUUGUAAUUAUGGAGAGAAUAUUUACAAGGUUUCAUCUACAGAUGCGUCAUUCACAUUGGAAGGAAACGUUCCUGUUGAAAAAUGGUACCUUGAGGGUAAGAAGCACAUUUACGAUAAAGAACCAAAUGAUCUGAGCACGGGUCAUUUCACACAACUCAUUUGGAAAUCGAGCAAGCAGUUGGGAGUCGGCAUAGCGAAACAUCAGGGAAGCAUUAUAGUAGUCGCUAAUUAUUCACCUGCUGGUAACUUCGUUAAACAGUUCGUUGAGAACGUUCCACCCCCUCUUAGAUCAGGUUCAGUGUCGCCGACCAAGUCAGAAAAGAACAACAACAGUCAUCAUAACGACCGAAAUAAUGUCGAGUUUUCGCAGUUUGCCCUGGAAGGUCUGAAGGUACACAACGAAUAUCGUAGGAAACAUGGAGUGCCCGAGAUGAAACUGAACAAAGAGAUGUGCGAUUAUUCUCAAGAGUGGGCCGAUAUCUGCGCCAAAAGCGGAAGAAUGUCCCACCGUCCAAAUAGCCCAUAUGGAGAAAAUAUUUUCUACAGUUAUUCUUCAGAUACUAGCGCUACCCCUACUGCACGAGAUGCAGUCAAAGCUUGGUAUGACGAAAUCAAGUUGCAUACUUUCGGUGUUGAAACAAUGAAUACUGGAACCCUCCAUUUUACACAAGUUGUAUGGAAAGAAAGCACAGAAUUAGGCAUUGCAUUGUCGAAAAAUAGAAAGGGUGAAACAUACGUGGUUGCCAACUAUAAUCCUAGGGGUAACUUUAUGGGACAGUUUGUUCAAAAUGUUCCAAGGCCUAGGCAAUGACGAAUUAUGUUUUCAAAGAAGAAACUACUAUUCAGCAUUUGACAAUUUUUAUGUACUUCUCAUUUACUGUGACUUCAGAAAACUCCGUUAUCAAUAGAAAUAUUUCACUAAGUAUUUACGAUGUCGAGGAUAAAAUUUCAAAUUUUUAAGAUAAGACGUCGUUUGAAAAGAAUUUCAUAACAUUUUCCAACGCUUUUCUAGAUGCGAUUGUUGAUAAUCAGUACCUGUGAGUCAUUUAUAAAUAACAAUAUUCUAUAUCAUAUACCUACGUAUAAUAAAACUAGUUCUUCCAUUCCAAAGAUAUCUGAUAAGUAGUUUGAAUCAAUAUACACCAUUUGAUGGUGUUCAGUGAUUUUACUUAAAUGCCAGUAUUAUUCCAACAUUCCAAAGAUAUUUCAGUCAUAUAGGACAGCAGUUUCUAUGAAAAUUACCAUUUAUACCUUAUUGUGUGAUAGAUAAAAAAGUGUGAUUCAUGAAGACUGUUAUAGUUGUUGAGUGAUAAAUUCAAUCCCUCCAAUAUUGUUGUAGUUAUUACAAACUAUUUUAAGAUUUUUCGAUUCUUAUCACAGGAGUGAAAGAUUUUGAAUUAAUUUAAUUCAUUUUUAGUAAUAAUUGUUGUUGUUGAACGGAAUAACCAUAACAGAAUGAAUUGAGUGAACAUAUUAUUUUCUGGAUAUAUUACUAUAUUCUUCUUAUCAAUAAAAUUUUCCAGUAAU